CCCGAAUCCCGAACUUCAUCAAUCAAUCAAACAAACAAAAACAACAUGUCUUCGCCAGCAACAGCAAUAACUGCAACCGGCUCAGGCUGGACCGACCAUUUCUUGGAAAAAUUCAUCCAAGCUUCAAUAUCAACCUCAACCUCUACAUCUCCAGCUCCAAGAAGCAGUCUCGAAACUUCUCGCAAUGCCACAUCAUCAUCAUCAACAACACUUUCGCAAUCCCCGCCAAGAUCUGCUCCAAGACCUAAAGCACCUGCUCGCUGAAAGUGUAACGUCAGUGUCAACAUCAACAGGCAGCGAACGACGGAAAUUUUCUUAUGAUAAUCCUGUGUCAAGAUGCAGUGGAGAAGACGAUCUGAUCGAUACCUUCAGCAUUACAUCCUCAACAACAUCCUCGGAGACUUCGUCAGGAAGGCAAUCUUUCUAUAUUCCUACACGAGAACGAGAACGGAGUAUCACGACUUCAGCGUCCGAGGUCUCAUCCGUCUCCACGGAGACCUUUCCUUAAGAGGGUGAAGAGGUCGUUUUUUGUUACGGCGUGGGUUGUGAAGGAAGAGGGUGAGAGGCAGAUGGAUGAAUUGCGAGAAUGUUCAUUGGGAUCGGAUGACUGGACUGGGUCAUGUUCUCUCAUCACGAAAGGAAAGAAUGGGGAUGGGAAUGAGGUUCUGAGUACUGUGCCGUUCCGUUCCGUUUCAUGACAUGCCAUGUCUACUCCUCUGCUUAUGAUAGAACCCAAAGAUGUAGAUCGAUAUACAAUCAGCGUUUACAAAG